ACAAUUUGCUGCAAUUAGAUAUGAAGAUCGUAGCAUUGUUCCUUAUCGCAUUCGUCGUAGUCUCGGCAUCAUUCCUUCCUACGGCAACUGCUACCGCAGCGAGCGGUAGUACUUCCAAGAGGAGUGGAGAAUCAUGUACUAUAACUCAUCAAAAACUGAAUGCGCUUCAUCUUUGCUUUGACGGUAUGUCUCGUGGAAUGAAGCUGCCGAACUCAUGUUGUGAGUCAAUGAAAGAGCAAGAAGCAUGCCUGUGUGAUGUAAUUCAAAAGCGUGUUACCUUGAGUAAAAGUAUCAUUAGCUCUCAUCUCAAGUCUUGUGGUGUUCCUGAACCCAAUUGUUGAAUGUAAACAACAAUGUGAGAUGCCAACACCAAACCCAUUCGUACGGAAGAUACGUACGUUGAGUCGUCGUGUGUCUUUGACUCUCUUGCUUAUUUUCAGUGAUUUAUACAAUAAGAAGUAAUAACCAAUAUAUAAUGGAGAAGUGGUGUUUACUUGUUAGGAACAUUUUCUCCGCCUUUCUCAUUUCCCUUGCUUGUAAGAAUCAAUGAUUCCAUAUACAUAUAGUAUUUAAAAUCUAAAACACAUAAACUAAAGAUAAAACAG